GAGCGAUUCUCCGUCACCGUUACCAAUCCCCACUCACCAGCCGAUACGAUGGUGGCACCAUCGAUCGACACGUGUGAUCCAACCAUACGGCCUUGCUUAGCGACGCGUGGCUCACUUCCUCGUAGCCGCACUUGCGCGCCGCUUCUACUGCUCUCCCUCCUCCUCCUCCUCCUCCUAGGUUUAACGGUCUUAUGUACGGACGCAAUCUAUCCUGAGUCGAAGCUUCUCUGCUCUGAUUUAGUCUCUUCUCAUCUCCCAUGCCUGCCCUCUAGCUCAAUGGUGAGAAACUGCAAUAGACUCUGCAAAUUUUUUGACCGAAAAGUGGAUGUCCCGUGCCGUAGGAUUACAACUUCGCCGAGUAACAUCACUCAGACUGAACUACCUGAUAAGACUAUGCAAGCUAAGUGUUUGAAGAGCAUGUUUGAGUUGAUUGAUUCUGGAUUCUUCAAUGAAACUAAGAUUCAGGAGAUUGCAAAGGGGGCCACUGAAAUGAACGUUCCCAUAUAUCGAACCAACCGGAAACUAGUCGCUGCUAAGAAUGGCGGGCUGGAAAAUCCAUCUCCGCUGGUGUUUAAUCCGUCUUGGAACAGAGAAGUCCCACGAUUACAGGGCAAAAGAUUCAAAUUUCCUUCGGUAUCUGGAGUACGACUCCCUAGAGAUGAAGAAGAUAUCGCCUUCAUGAGCGUUCUUGAACUCGGAGAACUUAUAAAGACGAGACAAGUUACUUCCGAGGAGCUCGUUCGGAUUUAUCUCAAGCAGUUAAAACGGUACAAUCAUGUUCUUGAAGCAGUGGUUACUUAUACUGAAGAAUUGGCAUACAAACAAGCCAAAGAAGCUGAUGAUUUGCUCUCUAAAGGAACUUACCUCGGACCUCUUCACGGGAUUCCAUAUGGGUUGAAAGAUAUAGUUGCGGUUCCCGGAUACAAAACAACGUGGGGUUCUUCUUCUUUCAAAGACCAAGUUCUUGAUAUUGAAGCAUGGGUUUACAAAAGAUUGAAAGCUUCAGGUGCAGUUUUAGUAGCGAAGCUUGUUUCUGGCUCUCUGGCUUAUGAUGACAUUUGGUUCGGAGGACGGACUAGGAACCCGUGGAAUAUCGAGGAAUUCUCUACCGGGUCAUCAGCUGGACCCGCUGCUUCCACAUCAGCUGGUAUGGUUCCGUUUGCCAUAGGCUCGGAGACAGCAGGCUCAAUGACAUACCCUGCAGCUAGGUGCGGCGUAACAGCAUUGCGUCCGACGUUUGGGAGCGUUGGUAGAACCGGAGUGAUGAGCAUAUCCGAGAGCCUGGAUAAGCUGGGACCUUUCUGUAGAACAGCAGCGGAUUGCGCUGUAAUCCUUGACGCUAUCAAAGGGAAAGAUCCCGAAGAUCCCUCAUCAAGAGAGAUUGCAUUUGAAGAUCCCUUCUUAGUGGAUAUCACAAAACUCACUGUUGGGUAUACCAAAGAUGCUGACAUGAAGGUCGUGGAAGUUCUUGGGUCGAAAGGUGUUAAUAUGGUUCCUUUCGAACUAAAUUAUACAGUGGAGUCGGUUCAAGGGAUAUUGAAUUUCACAAUGGACGUAGACAUGUUGGCUCAUUUUGAUGAAUGGCAAAGAACCGGUCAAGAGGAUGUCUAUGAAGCUCAAGAUCAAUGGCCGGUUGAGUUGCGCCGUGCUCGUGUAAUUACAGCCGUCGAUUACAUUCAGGCGCAGAGAGCUCGUGGUAAACUGAUUCGAGAAGUGGAGAAGAGCUUUACAGUCGAUGCCUUUAUUGGAAACGUAACCGAUUGGGAGAAAGUCUGUAUGGGAAACCUUGUCGGUUUACCGGUUCUAGUGAUUCCGACCGGUUUCAAGAACAUAUCGGAACCACCGACCAACAGUUGUAGGAGAAGGACAACGAUCAAUGCUGGAAUUUAUGCUCCGCCGGAACGUGAUCACAUCGCUUUAGCAUUGGGUAUGGCGUACCAAUCGGUUACCGAUGCGCAUAGAAGGCGACCACCUAUCGAUGAUCUUGGUCCGGAUGACUUUAUACCGAAUCCACCUCGGGCUUUAAUCCCUCCACGAAGGUUACACAUCUGA